AUGACACCACCAAUCGACCCCCUCCGCGCACGCAUCUUCUCCGAACUAAACCUCCAACUAACGCACCCCUCUAUCCCCAAACCCCUCCUCAACGAAUGCUCAAAACACCUCGCUUUCCUCGUACGGUACUACGCCAACGAUCCUGACUGUAAUCCGCUGAGAGUCAGUGUGCCGAUCGUUGAGGUGCCUGUAGUCGUACCGAGGGUGGAUAUGGGAGAGGAGGAGGGGGAUGAAGAUGACGAGGAGGAUGAAGAUGAUGAGGAUGUAGAGAUAGAAAUGGGGAUAAAGAUCGCGUUAGUUGUUUUCGAGGAGAAAAGGAGGAAAAGCUCUGUACAGACAAGGAUGGAGGGAUUGCGAAAGAUGAAGAUGGAGAGAUUGUAUGGAGUGGGAAAGGUGUUGGGAGAGGAGGAGACCGAAGACGACUCGACACCAACAGUGAAGACGAAGAAUGGUAUCGAGACUGGUGGUGGUCCCGUUAGUAAGAUCGCCGGAUCUCGACAUUGUCCUCCUGCGUUGGCGUCUGGUACUGGUACUUCUGGUCCGUCUACGACUGCGAAGCCAAGGAUGCGUGUACUGAUUGAGACGACUGGUACGCUGGGGCAUUACAAGUGCCUGGUUGCUAAGCUCUGUGGCAUGGCCGAGCGUGUCAUAGCCGGACUGUUGGAAGGCGAUGAGGACAUGGUGCGUGCGUGCGAAGAGCUCAAGAGGAAUAAAGGGAAGAAGGCGAGUGCGGAUAUGGGAAAGAGACCGGUGUGGGAUGUCGAGGCUUGUGGGGAGUGGUGUUAA